AACGUCACGCACAGGGGGGAGGUGGUAGUGAUGGGGCUGUUGGUUGGAAUGCCGGCUCAAGUGGGAGGGGUGGAAGUUGGUGAUGUUAUCACGAGUGUGGAUAACUUCCCUGUUUGGCUGCCUGAACAUGUGCUGCGACGAUGUGCAGGAGAACCAGGAACCCCAGUCACGCUGGGACUUCUUCGAGGACCAUAUAGGGGGGAAAUCGAGAUCACUCUACAUCGGCGACUGAUAGGAGUAGUGCCAAAAGAGGACGCAGACGUCUCCUCCAUCCGUGAACCAGUUGAAGUGGUCGAAGACGUCGGAGAAGAUGACCAGGAGAUGGAGGCGUUCUCAGGAACGGGCGGUGGAGGGACCAUGGCUGUGAUGCAGGCUGAGGUCAUGACUUCGAGCCUGGCCAUGCAGGCAGCUUAUGGACUCGACGACUCCGGUUCAGCUCCUCUCCAGCUUAGCAACGGGUUAAGCGCAAGAGACCCGAAGCAGCUGGAAGGCGUUCUUGGUGGAAACCGCUCAGAGGGCACGAGGCCAUGAGAGAGGGGAGGGAGACUUGUAGCAUAAGGUGGGAAUGAAGUGUAUCAUGUCG